GGAAAGGAAGUCAACAGAAGUCAGUCUGGCACUGUGUUAAACUAUGAAAAUGCAAAAUUACCUCGGUUAUUCUCACGACUGAUCCAUCGAUCAUUUAGACAAUAUUUUGCAAUGUCUACGCUGUUGGUAUUUUCUUUACAUCAAAGUCUUUCCCUUUAGUAUGACGUGUUUAUCAAAACCCAUCAUCUUUGCUUAAGGUUGUAGUAGCUGCACAACUUUUCUAAAGGCUACAGACCGAGAUGGCUGGUGUCAAGGAAUAUGUACAAAGUUUCAGACAAUGGAUGAGGAUUGAAGUUUGGAGGGAGGUGGUUCGCCAGUACCCAGUCAUAUGUUUCCUUCUCAUGUUCAUGCUCCUGUCAACCAUCAUUUUGAAUAGGUAUUUGCAUAUCCUUAUGGUAUUCUGGUCCUUCUUGGCUGGGGUGAUCACAUUCUAUUGUUCCAUUAAUCCAGAAUACCUCUUGCCAAACAUUCUCUUCCAUUUCAAAGCGAAGAGCAGACAAAAUGAGCAGCAGGAAUUGUUUCCGUCUGGUCAUAGCUGUGCCGUUUGUGGAAAAAGGAAGUGCAAUCGCCACAGGCCAACUCUUCUCCUGGAAAACUAUCAGCCAUGGUUGGACUUGAAGGUGUCCUCAAAAGUGGAUGCUUCCAUAUCAGAGGUUUUGGAGUUGAUUUUGGAGAACUUUGUGUAUCCCUGGUACAGGGAUAUUACAGAUGAUGAGGCUUGUGUCGACGAGUUAAGAAUGAUGUUUCGUUUCUUUGGUGCUGUGAUGGUGAGACGAGCUCAGAAGGUGGACUUUCCCUCACUUUUUACUGGCAAAAUGCUGAACGUAGCCAUGAAGCAUGUUGAGAUUGUGGCUAAAGCCUGGAAUAAAGUAUCCCGGAGUCCUGAACAUUUGCAGCAGGCUGCCUUGGAUGAGUAUGGCCCAGAUUUGCACGUGGCGUUGCGCAGCCGCAGGGAAGAGCUGCUCUACCUCCGCAAACUUACAGAGAUGCUGUUCCCAUAUGUCAUCCCCCCAAAAGCCCCAGAGUGCAGAUCUCUUGCCUACUUGCUUCGAGAAGUAAUGACAGGAUCAGUUGUCCUCCCAACAAUGGAUUUCAUGGCUGACCCUGAUACAUUGAAUCAUAUGGUGCUCAUCUUUAUUGACGAUUCUCCUCCUGAACCGGCAUUAGAACCCCCUUCUGCCUUGGUGCCAUUUCUGCAGAAGUAUGCCCAUCCCCGGAACAAGAAGCCAUCUGUGUUGAAGCUGGAGCUCAAGGGGAUCCGUGAGCAGCAGGACCUGCUGUUCCGCUUCAUGAGCUUCCUGAAGGCAGAGGGCGCUGUGCACGUCCUGCAGUUCUGCCUUACAGCCGAGGAGUUCAACGAUAAAAUCCUGUCUCCUGAUCUGAGUGACUCAGAGAUGCAGCGUCUGCAUGGGGAAGUGCAGAAGAUCUACGAGACCUACUGCCUGGACGAGAGCAUUGACAAGAUCCGCUUUGAUCCCUUCAUUGUCGAGGAAAUCCGCAAUGUUGCACAGGGUCCAUACCCAGGGGUGGUGAAGCUGCAGACGAUGCGUUGUCUGUUUGAAGCGUACGAACACGUCCUGUCCCUCCUGGAGAAUGUCUUCACCCCCCUGUUCUGCCACAGUGAUGAGUACUUCAGACAUCUGCUGUGUGGGGCUGAAUCUCCAGCCAGAAGCAGCAAGCUCAGCAGGAAUAGCUUGAGUUUUGAUGACUUCAGGAACACCUCCAAACGCGGGGAGUCAUUCGGGAUCAGCCGCAUCGGCAGCAAAAUCAAAGGAGUCUUCCGAAGCACCACCUUAGAGGGGGCCCUGCCUCCUAACUAUGCUAUGAUCGAAGGUGGCGACGACCAGGUGGAGGAGGCCACAGUGGUGAUGGAGGAUGACUCCUCAGCAGAGUUGGUGAGCACACCCGGGACCCAGCGCAACCUCUCCGCCUGGGCCAUCACCAUCCCCUAUGUGGACUUCUUCGAGGAUGAGGCCAAGAGGGAGAAGAUCCCAGUUUUCUGCAUCGACGUGGAACGCAAUGACCGAAAGGAAGUGGGACAUGAGAAGGAAACCUGGUUAGUUUACAGAAGAUAUCUUGAAUUCUAUGUCCUUGAGUCCAAACUCACAGAGUUCCAUGGAUCCUUUCCAGAUACUCAGCUCCCUUCUAAAAGGAUUAUCGGACCAAAGAACUUUGAGCUCUUAGUAUCUAAGAGGGGAGAAUUUGAGGACUAUCUCCAGAAAAUUCUUCAGCAUCCAGAGCUGAGUAACAGUCAGCUGAUCGCAGACUUCCUGUCACCAUAUAGUGUGGAGUCACAGUUUCUGGACAAGAUGCUCCCGGAUGUCAAUCUUGGAAAAAUCUUCAAGUCUGUUCCAGGAAAACUAAUUAAAGAGAAAGGUCAGAACCUGGAGCCCUUCAUCCAGUCCUUCUUCAACUCAUGCGAGUCUCCCAAACCCAAACCCAGCAAGCCGGAGCUCACCAUCCUGAGCCCCACGGAGGAAAACAACAAGAAGCUUUCUAACGGUGUGUUCAGAAACAACGCAAACCUCUCAGAAACUGCAGAAAAGAAACACAACCAGAACUACUUCAUGGAAGUAAUGUCAGUGGACGGAGUGUACGACUGCAUGAUGUUUAUGGGCAGAGUUGUUUUCCACAUGCCAGACUGGCUGCAUCAUGUGAUGUCUGGCGGACGCAUCUUGUUCAAGAGGACCCUGGAGGCGUACAUGGACCACUAUCUGCAGUUCAGACUGGACCACAUACUGCAGGAGCAGCGUCUAGUCUCGCUCAUCACACUGCUCAGAGAUGCUGUGUUCUGUGAGAGCAAUGAAGUCCGCUCCACAGAGGACAAGCAGAAGAGAGCCAAACAGGCGUUUGAGGAGAUGAUGAAUUACAUCCCAGAUGCAGUGGUCAAGGUCAUGGGUGAGGAAGCCCGGUAUGACGGCGUCUGUCUCCUGUUCGAGAUGCUGCAGCAGCCCCUCCUCAACAAGCAGAUGACCUACGCCCUGCUGGAUAUCGCCGUGCAAGAGAUGUUCCCGGAGCUGAGGAAGGCACAAAAGGAGACCCCAAACACCAGUCCAAAGAUCUAAGGCACAGCACAUAAGGGCGCCGUGGAGAAAGGCACACACUAAAAAAAGGACCAUGCAAGCUUCAAAGCAUUCCAGUGUACAAAAAUAAUAUCAAUACGAAUAAAGAGAAUAUAUUUAUUAAA